CCAUUUUGGCUCAGGCCAUUUUGGCGCAAGCGCCGCCGCUCGAGUGCCGGGAGCAGUCCUCGUGACGGGUUUCGGCCGCGCGAGCCAGUCGCGAUCGCCGCGAUGGCGCUUCUGGCCGAGGAAGUAGACGUCGAGGACCCCGGGACCCUCGUGGACGAGUGGGCCGCAGCGCUCUUGGGCAACGGCUGCCUGGAAGCCCCGCGGAAGGCCACCGGGGACUUCGGCGUUCCGCCCGAGGCCGAGGGCCCGGCCUCCGCGCGGCGCCUCUCGCGCCGCACGGUGACCUGCGUCGUGUCAGGCGGCGCGGCUGUGGUACUUUGUGGACUGGCGCUGGUCGCCAUUGCCGUCUUCUGGACCGAAGGCCAAUCGCUGGCGAGGGCCAAGAGUGAGAGCAGCCUCCUGGAGCUGGAGCAACGCAUCAGAGCUACUUCGAAGGGAAGGCUGCCCAAGAUACGGGACAUCAGAGAGCACCCGUACAAGGCGGACAAGUUGCGGAAGGAGAUACAGGGGAAGUGGUGCGAGGCCGUGCAGCUGGAUCCCCAUUAUGGUGUCAUCGACUUCUCGGACAUCUGCCCCGAGGACGAGAUGGAUAUCUCGACCGACAACAUUUCCCUUCAGGCAAAUGAGACGAUUCCCACGGUGAGCAACGAGCUGAACCAGAAGCAACUUGGUGCAGUGCGGAAUUAUUUGCUGUAUCAUUCUUUCCCGAGCGACAACCUGAGGAAUUGGGGAGCCCUGAGGGCCUUGGAGGACCUGGCUAAGUUCCGCGCGCAGGACAUCCUCGCGUUCCGCGAGACCUGGUCAGACGCAGACACCGAGCUGCUCCGCAAGCUUGACCCGAUGGCUUGGGCGUGGACCUCGGGCAACCUCACCACCGAGGGGUUCCGGCAGAGGCUGCCGAGCGUGAAGGACUUCCGCGCCGUGGUGAAGGACGGCCUGUCGAUCGUCGGCGGCGCAGACAGUCUCUCCGGGGCGGGCCUGGGCCCGGAGAUCGACGCGCACCAGACGGUCGCUCGCUUCAACGAGAUCGUCGGCAACAAGUUGGUCCCCGAGGAGACCGGCCUAAAAACCACGAUCCACAUCGCCAACUCCAAGGUGGCACCCGUUGGCGACCCCAACGUAGCCGAAUUCGACAUGGAGACCGACACGGUGUGGCGCACGUAUUGUGGACGCAUGCACACAUUCGGUGAGUUCGCCGACGUCACCGAUAAGCCGUUCAUGAUCAGGCCCAGCGCCCACUGCACGCUCAGCAAGCACGGCGCGAAGAAGUGGACGAGGGGCUUCUUGUUCUAUUGGUUCAUCGGGCGGCUUUUCAAGAGCGUCGACAUGUACGGCUUCAGCGGCACCGGCCACUAUCACAACACCAAUCCGAUCUACGAGCAGUACCUGGAAUUCGAGCACCUCUUCUAUCGGCUGAACGGCCUCGUUAUGGACGCGGAUGUCGAUGCAUAA